AUGAGCGGGGAUGCCCUUCUUCAUCUACUGCCCCAUUCUCAAGGUGGACAUGAUCACAGUCAUCAGCAUGCACACGGGCAUGGACAUUCUCAUGGACAUGAAUCUAAGAAGUUUUUGGAAGAACAUGAUGCUGUAUUGAAAGGACUUGUGGCUCUAGGAGGCAUUUACCUGUUAUUUAUCAUUGAACACUGCCUUAGAAUGUUUAAGCACUACAAACAACAAAGAGGAAAACAGAAAUGGUUUAUGAAGCAGAGCACAGAAGAAUCAACUAUUGGAAGGAAACUUUCAGAUCAUAAGUUAAAUAAUACACCAGAUGCUGACUGGCUUCAGCUCAAGCCUCUUGCUGGAACUGAUGACUCGGUUGUUUCUGAAGAUCGACUUAAUGAGACUGAACUGACAGAUUUAGAGGGCCAACAGGAAUCCCCUCCUAAAAAUUAUCUUUGUGUGGAAGAGGAGAAAAUCAUGGACCAUUCUCACGCUGAUGGAUUACAUACCAUUCAUGAGCAUGAUGUCCAUGCUGCUGCACAUAACCACCAUGAUGAGGGUAAAACUGCGCUGAGGAAACAUAAUCAUCAGUGGCACCACAAACAUUCUCAUCACUCACACGGUCCCUGUCAUUCUGGAGCAGACCUGAAAGAAACGGGAAUAGCCAAUAUAGCUUGGAUGGUAAUCAUGGGGGAUGGCAUCCACAACUUCAGUGAUGGGUUAGCAAUUGGAGCAGCUUUCAGUGCUGGAUUGACGGGAGGAAUCAGUACUUCUAUAGCUGUCUUUUGUCAUGAGCUGCCACAUGAAUUAGGUGAUUUUGCAGUUCUUCUUAAAGCAGGCAUGACUGUAAAGCAAGCAAUUGUAUACAACCUUCUCUCUGCCAUGAUGGCUUAUGUAGGCGUGCUCAUAGGCACAGCUGUUGGUCAGUAUGCCAAUAACAUCACACUUUGGAUCUUUGCAGUCACUGCAGGCAUGUUCCUCUACGUAGCUUUGGUGGAUAUGCUUCCAGAAAUGUUACAUGGUGAUGGUGACAAUGAAGAACAUGGCUUUUGUCCAGUGGGACAGUUCAUUCUUCAGAAUUUAGGAUUGUUGUUUGGAUUUGCCAUCAUGUUGGUCAUCGCCCUCUAUGAAGACAAAAUUGUGUUUGACCUCCAGUUUUGACCAUUCCCAGUAGUCACUGGGGAGUGAGAAUGUUACCAUGCAGCAUUGCGUCUGUUCCUUGUACUGUGUGCACAUUGCUCAGAGAAAAGUCAGUGGCUUGUACUGCUUACAAGUUCCAUAGAUUUGAGCCUAACCACGAGGCUAGUGCUCAGUACUGUUUUCCCUGUGUGAAGGGGUCUUUUAAAAAUAUAAAGUUGUGAUAAAGAAAGGAGAAAAUGAGACUCCAUGAAGCAAUGUUGAUAUAUGUUUGAUUAAGACUUUAAAAAAAAUAAUCAUAUAAAACACUAACAUAGUCUCUUUGGUAAUAGAAAUGUCUGUGGCUAUGCAGAAUAGAAACUGAACCAAAAAAAAUGACUUUAACUUUAAAAAUAUUUUAAAUGGACUUUGGGCAGACUUUUCUUUGUGCUAAAAUGAAUUACAGUGUCCUUUAAUUCAGCUAUACAUAUAUACACGUGGUAAGAGGGAUCAACUUGACACAACUUCGAAACUGCAUAAAGUAGACUAUAGGAACUGUAGGCUGCAUUAGGGUAUGAAUCUAGCAUUGGGAAAAGCCCUAUUCUUGAACCUAGAGUUACUAUUUUUGUAUAUAUUGGCAUAGUGUUUAAACUUGCAGCCUAAACUACUGAAAUUUGUGACUGUAUGUUUGUGAGCUUCAGUUUCAUGAAAGAUUCAUAACGGUUCUUUGUAUUAAUAUUAUACUUGGUGUUUGGGGUCUUUUUUUUUUCUUCAAACUUUAAUAUUGUUUGUGUUUGGGAUUUUUGGUGGGGGUAAGGGUUUGGAGCAUGUGGUGAAAUGUUUUUUCAUUAAAAUUGUAACCCUCUAGAAUAUAUCAGUUAAAUGAAGAACCCAAACAUGGUCUAAAUAUUCAUUUUUCCUACUUUAACAGCACCAGCUAGUUAAGUGGGAAAUUUAAGUUCUAAAUGUAUGCAUUGUUUUACCAGUUUGGCACUGGAAUGUAGAGCACAUGCUGUGGCUGCCAGUAAAGUUGUAAGAUACAAAAUGUAAGUUGACCACAUCCAUAAUCUCCAUUGAUACCCUGGCUAUCAUGGUACCAAGUAACUUGGAAGACACACUUAUUAAAUAGCUCAACUGAAGUCACUUGAUCAUUUUGUGCCAAGAUAUGCUGUUGGUGCCCAUAGGGAUUAGUCUCUUAUAGGUGCCCUGUUCUACUACCAUAAUUAUAAAUGAUUUGUGAGAAGUGCAAGCCAUAUAUCCUGGAUCUUGACCUAAUAAUUUGUACUUGCAUGUAGCUUUCUGUUACAUCUUGUGCCACAUGGUCAUUCAUGCCAGGUAAAUCUCAACUAUGUGCAGGCAGCUGUGUUUUAAUCUGCCUAGCUACCAAUGUAGCUGCUUUACAAAUCUUACUGUUCAAGUAUUUAAGAGCCAAACUCUUUCCAUUCCAUUUGAGCUGUUCCCUUUAGCCCUCCCUCCCUUCCUCUUACUCCGUGAACUCUGAGAGCAGCACACACAUCCAGGUAUUACGAGUACUGCCAGUGUUUCUUCUUCAUGCUGUAAGCAAGGGAGCUUUCCUUAACUUAUACCUGAACUUGGAGAAUUGUUUCUGGCUUUCUUCAUGGUCUCCUGUAACAAGUAGGAGUUUUAUAUGUUAUCUUCAGCAUUGGGCCCUGAAUUAGGACAGUCCUCAUCUCAUUGCUUGGCCCUUCAAGCAACCUAGCUAAAAAGUGCAAGUAUUUUAUUUAGUACUGCCAACUUCAAGUGAUUCAUAAUAUUUACAGUUCAGUUUGGGGUUUUUAUACCCAAGGAAGAUUCUGCAUUCCAGCAUUAAAUCUGCUUAAUUUUAAAACUUUUCUGAAAAGCAACAGCUGGAAUAUACUCCCAUUCUUAAAAUAAAAGCCUGAUUUAAAGCGAAUAGGUUACGCUGAAAUAUAUGAAAGUUUUAUAUCCUCUGCUCAUUUUUUUUUAAACUUUUAAGAGGGCUGUAACAGUUGCUGCUAGUAUUUUGUUAGGGUUCCACCAGUAUUUAGUUUUCACAUCAUUCUAAUGUAUAGUUUCAAGUCUUACUAGACAAUCUGAAUUCCACUACAUUUCUGUUUGGCUCCAACAUUCCAGUUAGCUUGACCAGUCUAAUUUAACAUGUGUCUGUUGGAGGUCAUUAAUGUUACUUGUACAAUGCUGUCACUGUGUGACAUCCAUUUGAAUUUUGUAUAUCACAUUGCAUUCAAACAGCUGUGAUUAUGCAUAGAAAUACUGUAGUAACUAGAUACAGUGUGAAUUUUUCCACUAACAAUGAGUCAGUGGCUUAAAUAUGAUUACGGUUCUGCAAGGUGAUACUUGCUAAAAUAUCUAAACUUUUUUUGUUGUAACUGAAUCAUUUUUCUAAAAUUUGUAAAGCUGGAAAUGAUCAAAUUGUUUUUUUCAUUGUCAACAGUGGUGUAUCAUUUUAUGUAUGUUCCUCAUGCGUAUGGAACUCUCCCAAAAUAAAGUUACUCAAAAAGAACAAAUGUGCCAGUGUUCU